AUGGAUCUUCCAAUACCGAAAAGUCCCCAGAACAAACAGGAUGAAGUUCAAGUUCCAAGUUCAUCUCCCUUGUUACAGACAAAUGAAGAAUCUUCUCCGUUAAGGCCCGAAACUGGUACGCGGAUAGAUGAAUCGCCAAUAUCAAGUAACUCUACUUCUUCCCUUUUGAGGGACAAGUUCACGUAUCAACCGGCUACGAAAGCAAGAAAUGGUUACUCUCAGAAUGAUUUAUCGCAUGAACAAGCUUUAAAAGUGUUGGUUCAAGAAUACAAGGACCUAUCACCCACUUUGAUUAAUGCAAUUUUCAAGCAAAACUCUAUGUCUAUCUCCUCGUCAAGAAAGCGUUUGGACCAUAUUGUCGCCUCACGUACCGGGGGAUCGUGGAGAUUCCAAUCUAAAACAAACGUGAACCCGACACUUAACUUAAAUAAACCCAACUCUCCCAUGGAUCUGUCAAAAUCUAGAUUAAUCUCAUUGAAAGAGGGUGGCUCCUCCGGGAACAGCAUCAAAAGCAAUCCUGCUAUUAAUUUGCCCUCUAGAAAUGUAUCCACUUCCAAGAUAACCAUCGAAAAGCAAAAGACAAGCAUUUUCGACCGUUACUCUCAUGUAAUGAAAGUUUCGCAACCCUCCCCCGCAAGAUCCAUGGCGGAUAGAACCACCAUGAGUACUAUCAAAAAUUUAUCUUCAAAGAAGGGUAAAUUGGUUAGAGGAGACGCCAUAAAGAAGAAACAAAAAAUCAAACUCAGUGAUGAUGAAGAAGAUGAAAUUACUGAUCAAUCCAACGAUGACGGAGAGCUCGAUACUGAACCAGAAUAUGAGGAGAAAGUUACUGAAAGUAAUUUUGAUCAAGUGUUGAAGUUCUUGAAUGAAGCAGAUCCGAAAGAUUUAGCUGAUCUUGGUGAAAUAUCCAUAGAAAAAGCUGCCCUCGUUAUAAAAGAAAGGCCAUUUGAAGACCUGGAACAAUUUCAACAAUUAGAUUUCCAAUCUAAAUCCCCUUCUCCGGCACCAGGCAAGGCUAGAAAAUCACAACAGAAAAAAGACGGUUUGAAAAUACUUGACAAAAUUGAGCAAUCGAUCAAGGGAUAUAAUGCUAUCGAGUCGUUGAUCCGUAAAUGUUCAAAAUAUGGUGAUGUAAUAGCGAAUCAAAUGACGAAUUGGGGUGUUGACUUCAGUUCAUCCAAAGAUACGGAAUUGAAUAUCUUAGACGUUGAUACUUAUUCGGAUGAUGAGGCUAAUGAAACUAUAACUAACGAUUCUGCAAAUGUUCAAAUAAUCAAAUCUUCGACCACGUCCAGAGAAAACUCAUUAGGUCCAUCGAAACGUAAAAGAAAUGACGAUGAAGAGGAGUUUUCUGAUGUGGACUACGAAGAAAGUGAUGAUGAUGAUUUUGAUGUAAAACCAAGAGCUAGGACGAAGCAGAAGAAAACAUCCAUAACUCAACUUCGCAAUAAUCAAAUGAAAUUCAUAAGGCAAAAACCUAAGCUUUUAUCUUCCGAUGUUGAAUUGAAGGACUAUCAGCAAACAGGUAUCAACUGGCUGCACUUGCUUUACCAGAACGAUUUAUCUUGCAUCCUAGCUGAUGAAAUGGGUCUCGGUAAAACUUGUCAAGUCAUCUCCUUUUUAGCGUAUUUGAAACAAACACACCAUAAUGGCCCUCAUUUGGUAGUUGUUCCAUCCUCUACCUUGGAAAACUGGCUUCGUGAAUUCAAUAAAUUUUGUCCACACUUGAAAGUUGAACCUUACUAUGGCUCUCAACAAGAAAGGGCGGAACUACGUGAUAUCCUAGAAGAAAACGAAGGCCAGUAUGAUGUUAUUGUUACUACAUAUAAUCUAGCCGCUGGAACCAAAUAUGACGUUUCCUUCCUAAGAAAUCGUAAUUUUGACGUUGUGGUGUAUGAUGAAGGUCAUAUGUUGAAAAACUCGAUGUCAGAAAGAUUCAACAAAUUGAUGAAAAUUAAUGCACAUUUCCGUUUGUUACUUACAGGUACCCCACUUCAAAAUAACUUGAAGGAAUUAAUGUCUCUUUUGGAAUUUAUCAUGCCAAACCUUUUUGUCUCUAAAAAGGAUGAUCUUGCAACCGUUUUCAAGCAGAAAACAAGAACAUCUGACGCUGAUAAGGGAUAUAACCCGCUUUUAGCCGAGCAUGCUAUUGAAAGAGCAAAAACAAUGAUGAAACCAUUCAUUUUAAGAAGAAAGAAAGAUCAAGUGUUAAAACACUUACCUAGAAAGCAUAAUCAUAUAUUACACUGUGAAAUGACUGAGCUACAAAAAACCUUGUACCAACAAGAAAUCAAGCAGGUUAUGGAGCACAGAAGAAAGAUUAAAGAAGGUGUUAAAAUGGAAAAAGCAUCACGCAAUGUUUCAAAAAACCUUAUUAUGGCAUUGAGAAAAGCAUCUAUUCAUCCACUUCUCUUCAGGCAUAUUUACAACGAUAAAAUUAUUUCAAAGAUGAGCAAGGCUAUCAUUGCCGAGCCUGAAUAUUAUGAAAAUGGUAAUAUUGAGUAUAUCAAAGAAGAUAUGUCAUAUAUGACAGACUUUGAAUUGCACAAAUUAUGUUGCAAAUUUCCCUCUCUUUACAAGUUCAAAUUACAAUCCGACGAAUGGAUGAAUUCAGGUAAAGUUGAACAACUUAAGUCUGUAUUGCAUAAAAUCAUUGACAUUCAGCACGAAAAGGUUUUAGUGUUUUCACUAUUCACUCAAGUCUUGGACAUUUUAGAAUUUGUAUUAUCCACACUUAACAUCAAAUUCCUUCGUUUAGACGGUCAAACGCAGGUGAAUGACCGUCAGUCUCUAAUUGACAGGUUCUACGAAGAUGAUACUAUUCCAGUUUUUCUACUCUCAACCAAGGCCGGUGGAUUCGGAAUCAAUUUGGUUUGUGCAAAUAAUGUGAUUAUUUUCGACCAAAGUUUUAAUCCGCACGAUGAUAGACAGGCCGCAGAUAGAGCUCAUCGUGUCGGCCAAACUAAAGAAGUCCAGGUUACAACUUUAAUCAGUAGAGAUACCAUUGAAGAGAAAAUUCUUCAUUUGGCCAAAAACAAACUAGCAUUGGAUACACAUAUUAGUCAAGAAGACAAGAAAAACGAGGAGGCCCUUGAAAAUAAGGUUACAGAUCUUUUAGAAGAUAUUAUUUUUGAUGAAAAUCAGUAA